UAAGCAACUGUUUAAAGCCGGGGAUUUCCUGUUUUCUUUUGAUAUAAGAAGUGCUUAUCACCAUGUCACUAUCUUCAAGGAACAUCGAAAAUAUUUAGGUUUUUCAUGGAAUUAUGACAAUCAUACGCAUUUUUAUGUUUUCAAUGUUCUUCCUUUCGGAAUUUCUACUGCAGGUUUUGUAUUUACUAAACUGUUGAGAGUUGUGGUAACUAAAUGGAGAUCACUUGGUUUUCGAACAGUGUUAUUUUUAGAUGAUGGGCUCGGUGGUGAAAGUGCUUAUGAUAAGGCUUUAGAGAGCUCAAAUUUCAUGCAUCAAGAUUUAAUCAAGUUCGGGUUUUUGAUAGCAGACGAUAAAUGUAAUUGGUUACCAUGUCAGAGCAUUAUCUGGUUGGGAUACAUUUGGGAUACUUGUAAUGGUAAAAUCAAAGUUACAGAUAAUCGCAUUCAAAAAACAGAACUUCUUUUGAAGGGAUUUAUAGAAAAGAUACGUAAAGGUUGCGUCCUCUUUCCAGUGCGUAGCGUGGCGCGUUUGAUUGGUCAAUUAAUUUCCAUGCAGUCGGCAAUUGGUCAGUUAGUAAGAUUAAGGUCAAGGGCAUUAUAUAACUGUGUCACUAGCCGUGCUAGUUGGAAAGCUCCGGUUUUGAUAACUUCAAGAGCUUUUGACGAGAUAGUAUUUUGGGAUAAAAAUUUAAGAAUUUUGAACAGUGGAAAAUUAGAGUCUUUCGAUUUCACUUAUGAUACAGGUAGUACCGUCUUUUGUGACGCCAGUGGAGCUGGAUAUGCUGGAUUUAUCGUUGAAAAUGUUGAUAGUCCGAUUGUCGGCUGUUGGUCCGAAUUUGAGAGUGAAUUAAGUUCCACGUGGCGGGAGCUAGAAGCAGUACAUAGAGUUUUGAAUAGUUCAAUUUCAAGCCUGGAAGGGCGACAGGUGUUAGUUAAUACUGAUAAUAGAAAUGUUGUAUCUAUUUUAAAAACCGGUAGUAGACAGCCAUUUUUGCAAGACAUAGCAGUUAAUGUCUACGAAAUGUGUCAUGAUCACAAAAUAGAUUUAUUUCCUAAAUGGAUUCCAAGAACAGAAAAUAAAGAAGCUGAUUUUUUAAGCAGGUGUACAGAUAGUGACGACUGGUCACUCGAAAAUAAAAUAUUUGACUCAUUAGAACAGAAGUGGGGCCCGCAUACUUUUGAUCUUUUUGCGUGUAGUUAUAAUACAAAAUGCCAAAAAUUUUAUUCAAAGUACUGGUGUCCAGGUACUUCCGGUAUAGAUGCUAUGAAAUUUUAUUGGUCUUUUGCGGAAAAUUAUUGGCUCGUUCCACCGCCUAGAUUAGCUAGUCAGUGUGUACGUAAAAUACAGAAAGAAAAAUGCAAGUGUACAAUGGUUCUACCCAUGUGGAAGUCCGCGCCAUAUUGGCCGCUGCUUUUUACUGAUGAUGUAAAGAAAAAUGAGCAUAUCAGUGAAUAUGUUGUUUUUCAACCAGGAAAACUUACAAGAAGAGGUCGAGGCCGAAAUGGAAUUUUCGAUGGUAGACCGAUUCCAUUUUGCUUCAUUGCUUUAAGAUUUGUAUAAUAAGACACGUGUGUAUUAAUGUUGUUAUGCAUUUUUGCAGGUCUGAGUUUGAAAAACAGAAUUGACGAGGAAAUACAGCAGAGUGGAAUACAACAUGACUGUUUCGAUGAUCUUUCCUUUAAGAUGGCUUCUUUUUUAACACAAUCGAAAAGUAACAGUACGGUCACCAAGUAUUAUUCUUAUUUCAAGAAAUGGGAACAUUUCAUUAGUUCAAAGGGCGGAUUAUCUAUUCCUGCAUCUCCAAUUCAUAUAGCAUUAUAUUUAACAGAUCUAAUUGACAAACAUUCGCCGAAUUCUGUGAUUUGCAAUACUGUGUAUAGUAUUAAAUGGGCUCAUUCGUUAAAGAAUCUACCUGACCCAACAGACAAUAUGUUUGUGAUUAACUUAAUGGAAUCUUCCAAACGAACACUUUCAAAGCCUGUUAUUAAAAAGGAGCCAAUCACAUCAGACGUUUUAAUAACUUUAUGCGAGAAAUACAGUCACUGCAAUGAUGUGCUAGUCAUUCGAGAUCUAUCAAUGAUUUUACUAGCUUACUCAGGUUUUUUGAGGUUUAAUGAGUUAAGUAAUUUGCAUUGUAACGAUAUUCAGUUUUACGACAAUCAUUUUUCUUGUAUAUCAGAAAAAGCAAGACUGACCAGUACCGACACGGUAAUACAAUCGUUAUUUCAAAGGGCGUAUCAGUAGCAUGUCCGUAUAACAUGAUUAAAAGAUAUUUUCAAAUUACGGGUUUGUCAGUUUCGGAUGACGGCUUCAUGUUUAAACCGUGUUUUAGAUCAAAAGGGAAAUGUAGUUUUAUACACAAAAACAAAUCAUUAAGUUAUACUAGGGUUAGAGAAUGUUUGGUUUCUAGAUUAAAAGAGGUUGUUGGAGAUUCGAACAUCGGUUUACAUUCUCUUCGCGCUGGGGCGCUACCAUGGCGGCUAACGCUGGCGUUAAUGACAGGUGCUGGAAGAGGCACGGACGUUGGAAAGGAGAAAAUAGUAAGGACGGAUAUGUUUCGGACUCCUUCGAGAGGAGAUUGAAUGUUUUAAAAUCAUUGGCGCUGUAGCAAGUAAAUCUCGUUAUUUCUCAAGCCCGCUCUUUUUGUGUUUUCUAAAUAGCACGUCUGGUAUUGCAUUU